CGAAUCGUAUGAAUGAAAUUUCGUUCCGCAGUCCCAAAUUGAACAGGAUUUACUAGUACCUGAAACGGCUGAGACGAAAUGAAUAAAUAUUGAAGAAUUUGUAUCACAUAUAUAGCAAAGAAAAUGAUGACAAGAAUACCACAAACCCAAAUGACGACAGUCAUUAAAAAUAGUUGUUGCAGUUCUGUCCACGUGAAAAAUCUGAACUUCUGGCAAAGAUGCAAGUCCUUCUCGGAUUUGAAAUCAACGGUCAACGUUCCGUCUACUGCCGUUGUCACCCCAUUUCCACCCCUGACCGACCCAGUACCUGAUCUUCCCACACCUAUAUACUCGACAGCUAAAGAGGAGCAUCAAAUGACGCAGAUCACCGUGCUGCCAAAUGGCCUGAAAGUUGCAUCAGAAAAUCGUUUUGGUCAAUUUUGUACAGUUGGAGUCCUCAUCGACUCAGGGCCAAGAUAUGAGGUUGCCUACCCCAGUGGGAUUUCUCAUUUUUUGGAAAAACUAGCAUUCAAUUCGACCAGAACAUUUGAAAGCAAGGACAAGAUAAUGCUGAAAUUAGAGAAACACGGAGGUAUUUGCGACUGCCAAGCGUCGAGAGACACCUUUGUGUAUGCAGCUUCGGCUGAACGAAACGGUCUUCGAACAGUCACACAGAUUCUUGGGGAAAUUGUUCUCAGGCCACAAAUCACAGAGGAAGAGUUAGGCUUAGCCAGACAGACGAUCGAGUUUGAAUUGGAAUCACUCUCUAAUAGGCCGGAGCAAGAACCACUCCUGAUGGAUUUGAUCCAUGCUGCGGCGUAUAGAGACAAUACUCUUGGAUUACCAAAGAUCUGUCCAGAGGGAAACAUAAGUAAAAUUGACCGAAAUAUUCUAUUCACAUAUUUGAAGAAUCAUUAUACACCAAGUAGAAUGGUGGUUGCCGGUGUUGGUAUUGAACACAAAGCUCUAGUCGAUGCGGUUCAAGAAUUCUUUGUCACGGAGAAGCCCAUUUGGAAGCAAAAUACCGAUUUAGUUUUGCCUGAGAGGGGUUCAAACUUUGUGGAUAAAUCCAUUGCCCAAUACACGGGAGGAUUUAUUCUGGAAGAAUGCAAUGUUCCCGUCUAUGCAGGUCCCAGUGGAUUACCGGAAUUAUCUCAUAUUGUUGUUGCUCUAGAAGGCUGCUCUCAUCAAGAUCCGGAUUUCAUAGCAAUGUGUGUUUUGAAUAUGAUGAUGGGUGGCGGUGGAAGUUUCAGUGCUGGUGGUCCCGGAAAAGGAAUGUACACCAGAUUGUACACCAACGUUCUCAACAGGUACCAUUGGCUCUACAGUGCAACGGCAUACAAUCAUGCUUAUUCCGAUACAGGAUUAUUUUGCAUACACGCAUCUUCAACACCGACGCAUGUCAGGGAAAUGGUCGAAGUGGUAGUGCACGAAUUUGUGGCCAUGGCUGGUCCAAUUAGCGAAAGUGAACUAGCUAGAGCCAAAAAACAGCUUCAGUCUAUGCUGCUAAUGAACUUGGAGCAGCGUCCCGUUGUUUUUGAAGACAUCGGUCGACAAGUCUUAGCUACAGGAUCUAGAAAACGACCAGAGUAUUUCAUUCAAGCAAUUGAAGAAAUUAAUAAAGAAGACAUAAACAGAGUCGCACGUCGAUUACUGAGGUCACCACCUAGUGUUGUGGCACGUGGCGAAGUAAGCAAUGUCCCAUCUAUCUCCGAUAUUCAAGCUGGCCUACUAGACAGUCAGGGACGCUUACCUGGUUCCCGAAACCGGUUAUCUCUUUUUCGUUAAGAACUUGAUAAAUAAGAAUUUUCAACCAUUUCGCCAUUGAACGAAGAGAUGAAGUUAAGGAUCUAUAAAACGAAACAACUUUCGCCUGUUUCCGAUAUUGAAAAGACAGCGAGAAAAUUACUGUUUUAGUAUACUUAUAGUUUACAAAAAAACCACCUGUACAUUAUUAUACAACAAUUGUAGUUUUUAGUUAAUUGUGAUAACACCUUGUAAUUUUUUUCAUCUAGCUUCCAAAGUCUCGCCUAAAAAUUACUCCGAUUUCAUUAUCACCCAUUUGGAAGAUACUAUUGAAAUUGUUGUAGUUUCAAGUCAUCGGCCGAACUUGCGUAUUUGAAAGAAUAAAAUAAUUUUUCAAGUUCAUCGGUACUGCGAUGUGAGUUAAAGAAAAAAAAUACAGGACCAGACGUACUAAAAAAUACAACGCGGAAUUCCAUGCACGUUAGUGAAAUGUUUAGGGCAAAACUUGCAGGGCUUUUUUAACUAUAGUUUUUUCCAAUUGUUUCACGGUUAUCCAAUUUCAUUUCUUCCAGCAAGUAUUUGAAUCCAAGUCUCUUAGUAUCCGUCAGCAAGCACAUUUGUAAUCGUAAAUCCGCGUAUAUUCUGUGAUUUCCCAAAAUGGCUUGGUUGUAAUUCUAAAAUAAAAAAUUCUUUGAUAUUACAACGUAACGCAAUAUUAAGGGUAAGAUAAUCGUUCAGGACAUCGUAUUCGUAAUAAUUUAUACCAGUAUUUCAUUUUCCAAAUAGACUUGUAUUUCGUAUGGCAUCAAGUGGGAUAUCUUGUGAAAAAUUUUAUAAUACUUCUGCAGUAUUGGCUUAACAUAUUCCAGCCGUUUCUUUUCAAUAUUGAGGAGGUUAUCAUAAAAGUUACUGACGAGUUGCUUUUCGUCGCUUAUAAGCGUACUAACUUUCUCCCAGGCUAAAUCGAAAUCCUCUGAGCGCAAAUCUGAAAGCUAAUUAGAUACAGAUAUUUGAAUUUCAAAUUAAAAAAUUACCGCUAAUGAAAAAAUAUGUCAAGAAGUACAUUUAUUUGUCGCAGUUUAUCUCUUGUUUCGUUAAUUUUCUCGUGGAUUCCGUUGAUCUCAAUUUUUAUGCUAAUGCUGAGAUCUUUCAAUUCCUCACCGCAAGCGGCGUAGCUUUUUGCCAAUUCUUCACCCAUACUCUUCACCGCGUUGUUGUGAUCAGAUUUUCUUUUUCUCAGAAGUCUAUCAAUAGCGGCUGAUGGCUUAGAAAUACCGACUAGAGGAUUGUUUCAUUUGUACUAUAGAAAUAACAUCCUAAUGUCAACAAAUAUAUGUAAGUAAAAUUCGUUUACCAAAAA